AAAUAAAAAGCACUAGCCUAUUCUUCUGGUUAGUGAGCAGUGCAGAGAAAAUCUUGAAAAAUCGAGAGACUGAAUUUUGUCCUACAGCUGGUUCCAGAGUAUACAAGCUUACCGGAUCUAGGAGAAAGGUCUCAACUUUCUCAGCUUUUCUCUCAUCCUUCUCCUGUCUACAUAUCGGCAUUCCAUAGGAAACAAGUUCUUCAGCAGCAAGGGCGUGUCCUCAACCCACCAUGGUAAUUUACAAUAACACCACAUCCUCCUCCUCCAAUUUCCUCCUCACUGCAUUCCCUGGGCUGGAACUUGCGCAUGUUUGGAUCUCCAUCCCUGUCUGCUGUCUCUACGCCGUUGCCCUCUUGGGAAACAGCGUGAUCCUGUUUGUCAUCAUUGUUGAGCGGAGUCUCCACAAGCCCAUGUACUAUUUCCUCUCCAUGCUGGCAGCUGUCGAUCUAUGUCUGACAAUCUCGACCCUCCCUACUGUGCUUGGGGUUCUCUGGUUUCAUGCACGGGAGAUCAGCUUUAAAGCUUGCCUCAUUCAAAUGUUUUUUGUACAUGGCUUCUCCUUCCUGGAGUCCUCAGUGCUGGUAGCCAUGGCCUUUGACCGCUUCAUGGCUAUCUGUAACCCACUGAAGUAUGCCACUUUCCUCACGAAUAUGAUGAUCAUGGUGAUUGGACUGGUCAUCUGCUUUCGACAAGUAAUUUUCAUCUUUCCAUUGGUUCUAGCCUUGAAGAAUGUAGAUUUCCAUGGAGGCCAGGAACUUUCCCACCCAUUUUGCUACCAUUCAGAUGUGAUCAAAUACACGUAUUCCAACCCAUGGAUCAGCAGCUUUUUGGGCAUGUUUCUUCAGCUCUACCUGACUGGCACUGACUUGUUGUUCAUUCUUUUCUCCUAUGUCCUGAUUCUGCGUACUGUCCUGAGCAUUGUGGCCCCUAAGAAGCAACAAAAAGCUCUCAGCACUUGUGUCUGUCACAUCUGUGCUGUCACUGUUUUCUACGUGCCGAUGAUUAGCCUGUCCUUGACACACCGCCUCCUCAGCUCCACCCCAAGGGUGAUCUGUAGCACUUUGGCCAAUAUUUAUUUGCUCUUACCACCUGUACUGAAUCCUAUCAUUUAUAGUUUGAAGACAAAGACGAUCCGCCAGGCUAUGCUCCAGCUGUUCCACUCUAAGUGUUUGCGGGGCCCCAAUGUGAGGGAUCUUAGAGGAGGGUGGGAUUGAAAGGGAGAGUUCGCUAGUACGUAAAUUGUAUUUAAGUAGGAAAGGGAUUUGGAUCCAUGUCAUCCUCAGGCAUUUUGUUUACUGAGGUAAUUUUCAUUAAAUUGUAAGAGCAAGAAGAAGAGAUUAAUUUUCCCCUAAGCUUAUCAAAGAAUUAAAAAAAAACCUACAAUUCAAAACUAAAUUAAUUGUGUAUAUGUCCCUCAAACCUUCAAAACAAUUACAUAGACUUCUGUGUACACUGAAAGCACAACGAGAUCGUUUAUUCUAGUUGAGCA